ACCGUGGCCUGGUUUCUGAGCCUCAACACCUCAGCCUCGGGAAUGGCAGUCACAACAAAUUCAAUGGACAAAACCGUGCCUGGGAGUUUCAACAGCAGGACCCUGGUCCCAAACUUGAUGAUCGUCAUCUCGGGACUGGUUGGACUGACAGGAAACGCCAUUGUGUUCUGGUUCCUGGGCUUCCGCUUGCGCAGGAACGCCUUCUCCGUCUACAUCCUAAACCUGGCGGUGGCUGACUUCCUAUUCCUCCUCUGUCACAUCAUAGACUCCACGCUGCUUCUCCUCAAGUUUUCCUAUCCCAACAUUAUCUUCCUCCCGGCCUUUAACACCGUCAUGAUGGUUCCCUACAUAGCAGGCCUGAGCAUGCUCAGUGCCAUCAGCACCGAGCGCUGCCUGUCUGUCCUGUGCCCGAUCUGGUAUCGCUGCCGCCGCCCGAAACACACAUCAACUGUCGUGUGCGCUGCGAUCUGGGUCCUGUCCAUGUUGAUCAGCAUUCUGAACCGGUAUUUCUGUGGCUUCUUAGAUGCCAAAUUCGAAAAUGACAACCGGUGUCUGGUAUCUAACUUCUUCACUGCCGCAUGCCUGAUAUUUUUGUUUGUGGUCCUCUUUCUGUCCAGCCUGGCCCUGCUGGCCAGGUUGUUCUGUGGUGCUGGUCGGAUCAAGCUCACUAGACUGUACGCAACCAUCAUGCUCACGGUACUGGUUUUUCUCCUCUGCGGCUUACCCUUUGGCAUCCACUGGUUCCUGUUAAUCUGGAUUAAGACUGAUUAUGGUGCAUUUGCCUAUGGCCUUUAUCUGGCAUCUCUUGUUCUGACUGCCAUUAACAGCUGUGCCAACCCCGUCAUUUACUUCUUCGUGGGCUCCUUCAGGCAUCAGUUGAAGCAUCAGACCCUCAAGAUGGUUCUCCAGAGGGCUCUACAGGACGCCCCUGAGACGGGCGAAAAUGGAAGCAGUGUCCCUCAGGACACCACGGAGAUGUCAAACAGCAAAGUGGAGCAGUGAGGAAGAGUACUGCCUGGACCUCAGAGGUGACUUUGGAGCGAUCACCGCUCUGUGCACUCGAUGGCUGGCUGCUCUCCUCUCAGCCCCGUGACCUGACACGCCUCAGUGGCUCACCAACGUCUUCAACAGAUCACCAUUGACUUGGGUUUUUUUCUACCUUUCCUGAGUAAAAGUAUUUAUCUGAAAGUAUCAUGUCUUCAUCCUCCUUGACAUAAAUAGAAUUAUCAAGUUAACUUCCUCUGAAGCUUUCUUUGCAACUUUGUUGCCAUGGAAAUAGCCCCUGUCCAAAACCAUGACUCUCUUGUUUGCAAUUGUUCUGUACCGGACAGUAAAGACGAAGGAGCCCCAUGGUUUCCUGGGAACCACGCUCACAAGACAACACCUUCAGCAACAGCAAAAGUGUUUGUGAUCAUAAUGCUCAUGGUGCUGAUAGUCGCCCUCCAUCGUGAGACUACUGCACAGUUUACAGAGACAGAUGCCAAGGCCCAGGUGCUGCGCUGCCUCACACACUCCCACAGCCCAGUGAUGCAGCAGAAGAAUCCCAGGGCUCCAGUCAGCUGACCCCAGCAGUCACAGAUCUUGAAAUAACUGGGAUGUGUACGCUAUGAGUUCUAGAUUAGGAAGAACGGUUAGGCUAUGUUCCCAAGCUGGUUCCAUGACCGCCUUAGAGCUCGUGUCCAUCCACAGAAACAAACAGGAAACUGAGUUAGGAAACGUCACUGGUCUGAUUGAUCUUAUUCCCUAAGAAAUCUGGGACCUGUUUUCUGAACAAGGUUGUGGGAUUUGACCUUCCUGUAAUCACAGCCUGAAUAUAAGAACCAUACUGAUUAAGAAAGACCCAGAAAUGUAUCCUCUCCACCAUGCCUGUAAUCAAAAUGAGCAGAUUCUCCUUUACGUGACUGACAGCUGCUGGGAUUUGGAGAGGCUGCUGUGACAUGUUCUUUCUGAAUGUGGAGAUGCUGCAAGUCAGGCGUCAGUAUUACCAUGACUCUGUUGGCCAUAAAAAUAGAUGUGAUUGUCUCUGCUCCCAGCAGUAGAGAAGAGGUCUCCUUGCACAGAGCUAUCAUGCAGGUGCAACUGCCUCUGAAUCCAUCCAGAAUUAAACGCAGAUAUGUCAAGAGGAGAAUGCCUCAUUUGUAACUAUGCAAUUGAAGUGCGUAAAUUGGAAAUUUCCUGGGAUGCUUGAAGUCUAAACUGAUGAUUCUACAAUUUUAACCACCGGGUAAAACUUUUGUGGCAGGGUGGAAAAAUAAACAGUCUAGACACAAUAAAAUGGGUCAGGGAGGAAUUCAUUGUGGCACUUUAACCUUAAGAUUGUUAAAGGAAUGGUUAUCAGGGGCUGGGUCGUGUACGCGUGUGCACACACACACAUACACACACACACACACACACACACAAUCUUUACUAUCCCGGCCUUUGCUGGAGAAGCUGGAGUACUGUGAGCUCUGAGCAGUGUCUGCAAUAGCCCUGACAGACAACUGGACAGACAUACAAAAGCAGCCUGAGCCAGCUCCAAAACAAUGUCAGCUCAGAGUCCCUGCACUAGUCAAAACACAGCAUCCUUUAGUCCUCCCAAGGAUAUCUCCACCCCUGCUGGCUCACAGGCUAUAGAUUUAAAGAGACAGAUAAAAAUAGAAUGGGGGAAUUUAGGAAACAGGGGUAACAAGCAGAAUGUACCCUCUUGCCCACUGCAGUCUCUCCUGAGAAUAGAGGAAAGAGCUCCGACCUCAGAGUAAAUUUAGCCUUUCGUUCCCUGAGUAACCCUUAACUCUAAAUGUUGUCAUGGCUUCAGAGUUGAGAAGAAGACACCUGAAGGUCUUUGGAUCUGCAGGCUAGAGACUGCUUUUUCUUUGGCACUGUAGUGAAGUGAGAACUCUGCUGCCGAGCUCUGUCCCCAGCCUUCCACUACCAGGACAUCCAGGUUGAACUCUGUAACUCCCUGCUA